CCGGAUAGCGCCAUGUUAUCAAGUCUAACCCUGACAUAUUUGCAAAAAUGACAAAAAGGAUAACUCAAGGGAUUGAGACUGCAAAGAUGAAUUUCAUUGACAUUCUCAACAACGUACCACCAGAGAAUGCAUCGUUAACUUUCUUCACUGGUCUACCAUGUAGUGGCCCAUAUUUGAACGAUUCCAGCCCCUACAAGCCCAUCACAUUGCCAUCUAGAUACAAGAAAGACGACUCAUCGGACAUAUUCUUCCGCAAAACCAUGAACACCCCCAAUACCUUCCCACAUAUCCUUGCAUUCAUCAGGAAGGAGAUCUUGAGAAGUAGCCGUCCAAGAUGGGAGAACCUGGAUCGAGAGCAGAUUGGGCCGGAUAUCGUCCUACUUGUACACUUAGGCUCAGGAGGAAAUGGAUUCCGCGACACUGCUCACGGUGGAGUCCUCGCUGCACUUCUCGACGAGACGUUAGGAUGCUGUAUCGAAUCUUGGGCGAUCCAGCUUCAUGCCAGUGAACAGGCAUCAUCCUCAGCGCCGCGACCACGCUCGUAUACCGCUAACCUGAAUAUCUCAUAUCGUGCGCCGGUAGAAUCACCGGGCAUCAUCAUUGUUCACGCCUGGCUUAAGAGCAGGGAGGGCAGGAAGUGGUUUCUAGGCGCCAGGAUACUUGGUGAAGAUGGUCGCACUCGAGCGGAGGCGUCGGCCUUGUGGGUCAGUGAAAGAGCUGCCGUCAUGUAA